AUGCCAUCUCCUCCAUUGACGACUCAUGACGAACAUAAUGAGGAGGAACAAUCGAUAAUGAGUCAAAUUGAUGAGUUGAAGAAAUUAUUCAUCAGUCACCAGCAGAUCAUAAGUGAGAAGUCUUCUAAUCUUGAAUCAAUAACUGAACGAUUAAACGAUGUCCGAGAAGGAAGCGAGUUUGAUGGAACAAUUGAAGACAUAAGAAACGAGUUAAACGGUUUGCUUAGUACUUUUCAAGGAAAGCUUGCAAAUGCAUCUACAGAACAGAGACAAACAGAGGAACGAGAGAACAGUUUAGGUGAGAUUUCGAAGUCAUUGACAGGAAUGGAGAAUGAACAUAGAACCGAAACUCCAUAUGAAACCAUAUCUCAAUUACAAGGUUACUUGCAUUCAAAUGGCCAUAAUUUGGGGAUAUUGAGUCAUUGCUUCAAUGAUGUUUUGGAGUCGACCAACGGGUUGAUGUCGGGCAUACCCAUGAAUAAGACCAAUACCACACACAUAAACGAACUAGUCUCUCUGAUAGAAGGCUGCAUAGGGUCAUUUGCUUUAUAG